AUGUCUCUGUGUAUCAACAGGCUCCAGGAGGAGCGCAAGCAAUGGCGCAAAGACCAUCCAUUUGGGUUCUUUGCUAAACCAGCAAGAAGUGCGAACGGAGUGACUGAUCUCAAGGUAUGGGAAGUGGGUAUUCCGGGCAGGGCGAACACCAUCUGGGCAGGAGGUCUCUUCAAGCUAACUAUCUCGUUUCCCGACGAAUACCCAACCAAGCCCCCGAAAUGCAAAUUUACUCCCCCUCUAUUUCACCCUAACGUCUAUCCGUCUGGAACUGUGUGCCUGUCAAUCUUGAAUGAGGAAGAAGGCUGGAAACCCGCCAUCACGAUCAAGCAGAUUCUGCUCGGCAUUCAAGACCUGCUAAAUGACCCCAAUCCCGACUCGCCUGCUCAGGCCGAAGCCUACAAUCUGUUCAAGAAAGACAAGGUCGCCUAUGAAAGGAAAAUCAAGUCUGUUGUGAAGGACAAUCCGGCGCCAUAG